AUGGUGACAAGUGCGCCAGUCUUGAAAUACUACAACCCUAAGAAACCUGUCAAAUUAUCAGUCGAUGCUUCACAGAGUGGUCUAGGGGCAGUCCUGUUGCAGGAAGAAGGACCAGUAGAAUAUGCAUCUCGGUCACUGACUGAUGCAGAAAAAGGAUAUGCUCAGAUCGAGAAAGAAAUGUUGGCAAUUGUCUAUGGUUGUGAGCGGUUCCGCCAAUACGUGUAUGGACAGGAAGUUGCAGUAGAAACCGAUCAUAAACCGCUACAAAGUAUUAUGAAGAAACCACUGUUUGCAGCACCAGCUAGACUGCAGCGUCUGAUGUUGAGAUUACAAAAAUAUACGCUGAGUGUGACCUACCGUCCAGGAUCUACAAUGUACAUAGCAGAUCAAUUAUCACGCGCAUACCUGAAAACGAGUAAGGGUAGUGACUGUAUCACUGAGGAGCUUGAAGCUCAGGUACACAUGGUACUUAAUAGUUUACCAGUCUCAGCGGAGAAGUUGUCGGAAAUAAAACUGGCUACAAAGGAAGACAGUGAGAUGAGGACUAUAAUGGAAAUGGUCAAAGAUGGCUGGCCAGAGGAAAGGUCAGCUCUUCCCUUGAACAUUAGAACAUAUUGGCCAUAUCGUGACGAAAUCAUUGUAAGUGAUGGAGUGUUAUUCAAGGGAGGAAAGUUGAUCAUUCCAAAUCCAAUGCGCAAGGAGAUGGUGCAACGUGUUCAUUCAAGUCACAUGGGAAUUGAAAAAAGUCGAGCACGCGCACGCGAUAUACUGUUUUGGCCAGGGAUGUCGUCGGAUAUCGAGGGACAUGUUUCGAGUUGUCCUACGUGUAAUCAAUUUCGAAACUCAACUCCACGUGAGCCAUUACUGCCACAUGACAUACCUGAACGACCUUGGCAAAAGAUUGGAUUAGACUUAUUCCAGCAUCAGGACAACACGUAUCUUCUUGCCAUAGACUACUGUUCAAAGUUUGUAGAACUGUUCCUACUUAAAAAUGACACUCGAAGCCAAACAGUCAUUACACAUUUGAAGUCUUUAUUUGCACGCCAAGGAAUUCCUGAUGAGGUAAUGACAGAUAAUGGACCUCAAUUUUCCAGUGAUGUGUUCAAAGUCUUUAGCAAAAAAUGGGACUUUAAACACACAACCUCCAGUCCAAGAUAUCCCAGAUCUAAUGGGAUGGUGGAGAGAGGAGUACAGACAGUAAAGAACCUGUUGAAAAAGGCUCAGCAGGAUGGCAGAGAUCCUUAUCUGGCCUUGUUAGAGUACCGGAACACACCUGUAAAUGAGAAAGGAUCACCUGCUCAGUUGUUGAUGAGUCGACGGCUUAAGACUCCCAUUCCAGUGAGUGCACAGUUACUUAAACCAGAAUUGUUCACCGAUGUGCGCGAAUGUCUCACAGAUCGUCAAAGAAAGCAGAAAUUCUACUAUGAUCGUGGUACAAAACUGGCAGAAACUCUUAGUAAAGGACAAAGGGUGCGAGUACAGAGUGAUAACAAAAGGGAAUGGCACUCUGCUAACGUUGUCGAAAAGGACCCAGGAUCCUCAAGAUCCUAUAGAGUUAAACGGAAAGAUGGAAGCAUCAUCCGGAGGAAUCGAAGUCAUAUAAUUCCAGUUCGCGAAAAAGUCGUCCAGGAAAAUCUUGAGAACUUGGAAUCUUGUGUGUCCCUUGACAGUGACACAAUUGAUCUUAAAUGUGAGGAAGGUGAAACCAAAGACAAUGUCCUAACCUCCCCUGCAGCUGUUGGUUCAACAAAUUCAAACGCGUAUGUGACUAGGAGUGGUAGACAAUCCAAAACCCCUUCCAGACUGGAUGACUAUGAAGUGUAUUGGUGUUAA